AUGAUGUGCUUCGGCUUUUUUGCAGCUCCACCAAUCCCAGAGCUCGUGGCUUGGCAGGCAGACCCAUUUCUACAGCUGCAGCUGGCACCUGGAAAGUUAAACAACCUGGCCACACCGGAAAAGAAAAACCAGACGUUUUUACAGGGAGCUCUCCUGUAUAGCUGCUGCAUUGUUCUUCAGCUGUUCCCCUUCCCAGGCUGGCCAGGUGCCUGCAGGAGUCAGGUCACCACCCUUCAGACAAAGGCGCGGGUGGAGACCGGGCCUUGGGCUGUGCCAGGAGCUGCCAAGGAGCAGGGAAGGGCUCAGCAACGAAUUCUCCUCUUACUUCUGCUAAUCUGUUUGAAUUACGGAAGUGGACUCUAUGUGAAGGUUUAUAAUCGAAACGGCAGAAGCGGUGUGUUGUCUCACCCCAACAGCCUAGUCAGGCAAAAACGAGAAUGGACAGUCCCUCCAGCUUUCAUACGGGAAGAGGAGGACAAUUCCUAUAAGAAUCCAAUUGCUAGAAUACAUUCUGAUCUUGAAGAUACAGGGGUAGUGGUGACUUAUACUAUAUCUGGUCAAGGAGUAACAGAACCCCCUUACGGAUUAUUUGUUAUCAAUGGAAAGACUGGAGACCUGAACAUAACAGGAAGGGUUGACAGAGAAAAGACGCCAAUGCUGCUUCUCAGAGGUCAUGCCCUAGAUAAGAAUGGAGCAAAACUGGAAGAGCCAAUAGACCUACCGAUUAAAGUCGUGGAUAUUAAUGACAAUUUUCCAGUAUUUUCACAUGAAGUUUUUGUUGGUUCAAUUGAAGAAUUAAGUGAAACAGGAACAAUUGUAAUGAAGAUAAAUGCAACAGAUGCAGAUGAACCAAAUAACCUCAAUUCCAAAAUUGCUUUCAGGAUUAUUUCCCAAAGCCCUAGUGCUGCAUUCAGUAUGGAUAAGAAUACUGGCGAGGUUCGAGUAGCAAAAAUAAAUCUUGACAGAGAGACAGAAAGCAGCUAUUCUUUGGUGGUGGAAGCAAAAGACCGUGGUGGUGAAAUAGGUGGGAAUGCUGCAACAUGUUCUUUAGAAAUCAAGAUUUUGGAUGUCAAUGACAAUCUGCCUGUGGUUGAAAGUCAUGCAUUUGAAGGAAGCGUUGAAGAAAACCAAGCAAAUGUGGAAAUUCUGCGAAUAAAAGUAUUUGACAAAGAUGAAGAGUUUUCUGAUAACUGGCUGGCAAACUUCUCAUUUGUUUCUGGAAAUGAAGGUGGCUUUUUUCGUAUUGUAACAGAUACACAAACAAAUGAAGGAAUUUUGACUGUUGUGAAGGAGCUGGAUUAUGAAAAAAUGCAAACCCUAAACUUGGGCAUUGUUGUUACAAACAAAGCAGAGUUCCACAAGUCAAUUAAACACAGUUUUAAAGCACAAACAAUUCCAAUCAAAAUUAAAGUGAUUGACGUGCGGGAAGGCCCUGUAUUCCCUGGUGGUACAAAAAUCAUUGAAACAAGUGAGACAAUGCAGCUAAGACAGGUUAUUGGACAGUAUCAAGCCAUUGAUGAAGACACUGGAAAAAUAGCAAAGCAAAUUAAAUACAUGAAAGGAAAAGAUGCAGCAAAUUUGAUCACAAUAGACCCAACCACAGGUGAAAUCCGACUUGCCAAAAAACUUGAUUACGAAUCGUCUCAUGUAGUAAAUGGUACCUACACUUUCACCAUAUUAGGUGUAACUACUGAUUUUCCUCAGAAAACAGCCACUGGCACAGUUGUCCUUCAAGUUAAAGAUGAGAAUGAUAACUGCCCAGUUAUUGUGAACCCUGUGCAGACUGUGUGUUUAGAUGCAAAAUCAGUUGAUGUUACUGCUCGUGAUUUGGAUGGUUACCCAAACAGUGAGCCCUUCAGCUUUACUGUCAUUGAUGAGCCAGAAGGGACAGCAGAAAAAUGGAAAAUUGCAUCCAGAAAUGACACCAGCAUACAGCUGGUACCGCAAAACCUGAAGCUGGGCAGAACUGAAGUUCCCAUCCUAGUGAAGGAUUUCCAAGGGUUCAGCUGUGCUCAAGCACAGUCUCUGCAACUGACUGUUUGUAACUGUGCGGAGGAAGGGGUAUGCAAAGAGAAAAUAAUUGGCGCCAAGUCAGUGGGCCUGGGACCAGGAGCGAUUGCGCUAAUCAUCUUGGCAUUUUUACUUUUGCUGCUUCUUCCAUUGUUGCUGCUGCUGUGUCCCUGCGGCUCAGGAGCAAAGGGAUUUGCUGCCAUACCAGACUACAGCGAAGCCAUGUUGCGUCAGUGGAACAGUGAAGGGGCAGCUCCUGAGGAGAAGGCACUACUAAACCUCAUCCCACCCACUCUACUGGCGAACCAAAAAGGAGUGACCAGCGGAGCAGCAACAGCAGUAGGAAUGAGUGGAGAGGAAACUGCAACAGGAGGAGGCAGCUCUGCCUCUCAAGUAAGAGAGCAUUGCAACACCAUUACCAAGGAAAGAUGGGAAGAACAAAGACAUCUCCUUUCUGGUGCUGACUGUGGAGCCGUGGCAGCUGGAGGGGCUGAAAGCAUGGCCGGUGUAGACGGCAAGAUGCUGGUGGCUGGAGGAGGAGUCUCAGUGAGAGCUGCAGGAGCCAUGAAUGAAGAAUUUUUAAGAGACUACUUCAAUGACAAAGCUUUCUCUUUUGCGGAUGAAGAUGAAGCCAAGGCUGCAAACGACUGUCUCCUGGUUUAUUCCCAGGGAGAGUCAGAGUCCCCCCAUGGCUCCAUCGGCUGCUGCAGCUUUAUUGAGGGUGAUCUUGACGACCACUUCCUUGAUGAUUUAGGAGACAAAUUUAAGACUCUAGCAGAAAUAUGCAUAGGCAGACAGAUCAACAUGAAAGACAGUAGCUACAGGAAUGAAUCAGGUUUCGGUCUUCACGACGCAAAGUCACGGUUCUUAGAUCAGCAAAACGCUUCCAGCUCUGAACAAGCCUUUCCCUCGGGCAGCCACUUCCAGUCUGCCUCACUGGUGCACACAGCUGGUGGCACAGGAGAAGGCACCUUGUCCAAGGAGGUGGUCACGGAAACAACCUACUCAUCCCACUCUAGCCAGCACGAUGCCCGGCCCCUUCCCACUGCCCAUGCUGAGGCAAAUUUGACUGUAGCAGAGACAUCAUACUCUGCAGGAGCUUCUGCCCGCUCAGCCGCCACCUUUCUAGAGCCCCAGUUUAAGGAGAACAUAGUGGUGACAGAGAGAGUGCUGGCACCUGCAUCAAGCUUACAGGCUAUGGUGGAAAUCCCCAGUUUGCCACAUGGAAGUAAUGUGGUGGUUACAGAGAGAAUGGUGAAGUCAGAGGGUCCCAGGCCAGGAGCCCUGACAGUUCAGGAUCUCCCUGACUCCCAGUACGUCGUGGUGAGGGAGCGGGAGAGGGUGCUGGUGCCUGCUGCAGAGCAGGGCUCGCUCAGCUUCCCCGCGUUGGCAGAGGAACGCAGUGUAGCGGUGAGUGAGAGAACGGUGGCAGCCUCAGGGGUGCAGAGCAGAGCUGAACAGGCAGCCGGUGCCAUCCCAGGAAGGCAAGGGCACGUGUUGAUCACAGAUUCCCUGCUCAACCAGGCAGGCUCCAACUUAGAAGGGCCACCUUCUGCCAGCACCACGCUGAGCAAGUCUUCCAGGGUCACCAAAUACAGCACGGUACAGUACACAUGCUCGUAG